ACGCUGUUGUUCUUCCGCGACGGGCUGGGCCCCCGGUUCCGCGGCCGCCUUCCCUGUGAGUGCGCCGGAUUCGUCUGUCACCAUGGGGAUCCUGGAGAAGAUCUCCGAGAUUGAGAAGGAGAUCGCUCGGACGCAGAAGAACAAGGGUACCCAUAGGAUCACUGGGCACGUGGCAGCUACCACGCAGACUACUGCUGGUGACUCAGAUACCCUUCAAGGGGCAUCACUGUUGGCAGCCUGGGAUCCCAAAAUGCCACUGAGUAUCACCUGGGCUUGCUGAAAGCAAAACUCGCCAAGUACCGGGCCCAGCUCCUGGAACCGUCCAAAUCAGCCUCAUCCAAAGGAGAAGGUUUCGAUGUCAUGAAGUCGGGCGAUGCCCGUGUAGCACUGAUUGGAUUUCCCUCUGUGGGUAAGUCCACCUUCCUGAGCCUGAUGACCUCCACAGCCAGUGAAGCUGCGUCCUAUGAAUUCACGACCCUGACGUGUAUCCCUGGGGUCAUCGAGUACAAAGGUGCCAACAUCCAGCUCCUGGACCUUCCUGGAAUUAUUGAAGGCGCAGCACAAGGGAAAGGCCGUGGCCGGCAGGUGAUUGCUGUGGCGCGCACAGCUGACGUCGUCGUCAUGAUGCUGGAUGCCACCAGGGGGGACGUUCAAAGGUCUCUGCUGGAGAAGGAGCUGGAGUCGGUGGGCAUCCGCCUCAACAAGCACAAGCCCAACAUCUAUUUCAAGCCCAAGAAAGGAGGUGGCAUCUCCUUUAACUCGACAGUCACGCUGACCCAGUGCUCAGAAAAGCUGGUGCAGCUGAUCCUGCACGAGUACAAGAUCUUCAACGCAGAAGUGCUCUUCCGAGAAGACUGCUCCCCAGAUGAGUUCAUUGAUGUGAUCGUUGGCAACCGGGUGUACAUGCCCUGCUUGUAUGUUUAUAACAAAAUUGACCAGAUAUCAAUGGAAGAAGUGGACCGCCUGGCCCGGAAACCCAACAGUGUGGUCAUCAGCUGCGGCAUGAAGCUGAACCUGGACUCCUUGCUUGAGAUGCUUUGGGAGUACUUGGCCCUGACCUGCAUCUACACCAAGAAGAGAGGACAGAGACCGGACUUCACAGAUGCCAUCAUCCUCCGGAAAGGGGCCUCUGUGGAGCAUGUGUGCCACCGCAUCCACCGGUCGCUCGCCAGCCAGUUCAAGUACGCCCUGGUGUGGGGCACCAGCACCAAGUACAGCCCGCAGCGGGUGGGCCUGACCCACACCAUGGAGCACGAGGAUGUCAUCCAGAUCGUCAAGAAGUAGUGGCGCCUGCCGGGCCUGCCCACCUGCCUGUCUCCCUGGGAGGUGAACCCAGUGGGACACCCCAAAGCCCAAAUGGGAAAAAUACAAAUAUAUAUACCCCAGGGAGGGGUCUCUCAAGUUUGCUAUUUGCAAAAGUUUCUUCAGUAGGCUGAUGGUGGAGAGUGUUGGGGCUCUCGAGGAGUGAGGCUGGGGUCCUCUGCCAUGACACUGGCCGCCCAGAAGGGGGCUCCAAGUUUGGAACCCUGGGCCUGGGCCCUACCCCAUCCCCUUCAGGCCCUGAGUGAGCAGGUUGCCCACCUUCCACCCAGCUAGGGCCUAAGCAGGUGACUUGCUCUGUGCUGGGGCAGGCAGCCCAGCCUGCCUGGGUGUCUGAAGGUGGUAAUUAACUGUUGGGGCCCCUUGGCCUCUCAGCUGUCAGCUUCUCUGGCACUCAGGGAGGGGCCUCUCAGGAAAAAAAUCCCUUCACACCCACACCCACAGGACCGCCCCAUGGUAGAAACCAGGGGUCAGUGGCCAUAAAGGCCCAGCUAACACCUUCCAUAGUCCGAGAGGGGUCCUGUAGUGCCACCCUCGCCCAGGGCAGACCCUGUCCAGCACGAAACUCCAGGACCCAGGACCCUCACUGACACCUGGGGUGGGCACUUUGGAGUUCGGUUCUGUUUUCCAAGCGUCUGAUCUCUCGGCUCUCUGUUCUGAAAUAAAGGAUGGAAACAAUA